GAGUCCGACCGCACCGCGACCGAAACAGAUCCAGCUCCUGCGCUUCCUCGUCGCGUCUUCUUGGCCGGGAAGAAAGAAGGAAGCGGGGGGAGGCUAGGCUAGAGGCGAUGGCGGCGGCGCUGGAGUUCCUGGAGGCGCAAGGCGCGACGCGGCCGGAGCUGGCGGAGUGGUACACCGCCCUCGCCGAUCUCUACCAGCGGAAGCUGUGGCACCAGCUCACCCUCAAGCUCGACCAAUUCCUCGCCCUCGCCGUCGUGCAGGCGGGCGAUGCUCUGAUUCAGCUGUAUAAUCACUUCAUCUCUGAUUUUGAGACAAAGAUCAAUCUUCUUAAGUUUGCUCACUUCACAGUUGUAGUUUCACGGCAGUAUUCAGAUAAAGAUGCUGGUAUAAACUAUCUGGAAGGCGUAAUUUCAAAGCUGCAUGAGACUCGGGAAUCGCGUGUUGAAGAGCCCAUUCUCUAUGUGAAGAUGCAGAUUGCCAAUUUUCUUCUUGAGAAAGGGGAUCAAAAGGAGUGCAAGAAACUGCUAGAUGAGGGCAAAAACACUUUGGAUAGCAUGGUCGAUGUUGAUCCUUCGGUACAUGCGACCUAUUACUGGAUAUGUUCUCAGUACCACAAAGUCUGUCAAGACUACUCCGAGUUUUACAAAAGUGCUCUUCUCUAUCUUGCAUACACAACAGUGGAGUCACUUUCAGAACCAUUCAAACAGAACCUGGCAUUUGACCUCUCACUUGCUGCUUUAUUGGGUGACAACAUAUACAACUUCGGGGAGUUGCUUGCCCAUCCAAUUAUCCAUAGCCUUGUUGGAACAGCUGUGGAGUGGAUUUAUCAUAUGCUACAAGCAUUCAACUCUGGCAAUCUAGCGUUGUAUCAGGAGCUCUGCAAAGUUCACAUCACCGCUUUGACUGCACAACCUGCUUUGGUACAGAAGGAGAGGGAGCUACUUGAAAAGAUCAAUAUCCUAUGCUUGAUGGAAAUCAUUUUCAGCCGAGCAUCUGAAGACCGUACAAUCCCACUGAGCACUAUAGCUGAACAGACCAGACUCUCAGUCGAGGAUGUGGAGUAUCUUCUAAUGAAGAGCCUCUCUGCUCAUCUUAUUGAAGGCAUAAUUGAUCAGGUUGACGGGACUGUCCAUGUUUCGUGGGUGCAACCAAGGGUCCUUGGUGUCGACCAAGUAAAAUCCCUACGUGACCGGCUGGAUACUUGGGUCGGAAAGGUGCACACAACCUUGUUAUCUGUUGAAGCCGAGACACCGGACUUGAUAUCUUCGUGAUCUUCUUCGGGUCCUCGUCGAAGGACGGCUGUAACCUUACACAAAACGAAUUGAGGAAUUUGAAUUUGUAUUGAUUCUUUAGCUUGCAAGGUCGCAAAACCUAGAAAGAUUUGUAAACAUGUUGGCUCUUAUUUUUAUCUGGAUGUGGAACCCGCUGUAUGAGAAAUGGAUUGUUUGCCAUCUCUUUCCAGAUGCUUACUACUAUGGUCUAGUUUGAUUUGAA